AUGGCCGCGCCCGCGCGCCGGCUGUGCCACAUCGCCUUCCACGUGCCCGCGGGGCAGCCGCUCGCCCGGGACCUGCAGCGCCUCUUCGGCUUCCAGCCGCUGGCGGCGCGGGCGGCGGGCGGCUGGCGGCAGCUGGCGCUGCGCAGCGGCCACGCCGUCUUCUUGGUGAACGAGGGCGCGGGCGGCCCGCAGCCGCUCUACGGCCUGGACCCGCGCCACCCCGUGCCCAGCGCCGCCAACCUGUGCUUUGAGGUGGCGGACGCGGGGGCGGCCGCCCGGGCGCUGGCGGCGAAGGGCUGCUGCGUGCCGGUGCCCCCGGUCCGCGUGCAGGAUGCGCUGGGCGCCGCCACCUACGCCGUGGUCAGCUCGCCCGCGGGCAACCUCAGCCUGACGCUGCUGGAGCGCACCGACUACCGCGGGCCCUUCCUGCCCGGUUUCCGGCCUCUGCCCUCCACCACCGGCCGCGGCUGGUUCAGCCAUGUGGACCACCUCACCCUGGCCUGCACCCGCGGCAGCUCCCCUAGCCUGAUGCGCUGGUUCCAGGACUGUCUAGGCUUUCACCACCUGCCUCUGAGCCCAGGUGAGGACCCGGAGCUGGGCUUUGAGGUGACAGCGGGCUCCGGACAAGGGGGGCUGAGGCUCACUGCCCUGCAGACCCCGCCAGGCAGUGCUGUCCCCACCCUCGUGCUAGCGGAGUCCCUGCCGGGGGCCGCCGGGGGCCUGGACCAGGUGCAGCAGUUCCUGGCCCAGCACAGAGGACCAGGCCUGCAGCACGUGGGGCUGUACACACCAAACAUCAUAGAAGCCACCGAAGGGGUGACCUUGGCGGGGGGCCAGCUCCUGACCCCUCCUAAGGCCUACUACCAGCGGCCAGGCAAGGAAAGUCAGAUCCUCGCUGCAGGCCAUGAGCCCGACCAGCUGGCCCUGCAGGGGAUCCUGCUAGACGGCGACAAAGGCAAGUUCUUGCUCCAGGUCUUCACCAAGUCCCUCUUUGAGGAGGGCACCUUCUUCCUGGAGCUGAUUCAGAGGCAGGGGGCCACAGGCUUUGGCCAGGGCAACAUCCAGGCCCUGUGGCAGUCCGUGGAGGAGCAGGCUGCCAGGGGCCAGGAAGCCGGAGCUGGCAGCCACCUGUCCUAG